UGGUCCUUUUGGCUAAUCAGAAGACAAAGUGUAUGGGUUUUGCGUUCUAAGGUUCAGGAUUUGUCUUGGAGGCAUGCGACCCAAACUUGGCCAACGGCGGCAAAAGGACCACCCUGAGCUGAAAUGGUGCCCGCCAUUUUGGUGGGGGUCAGCUCCUUCUUGGUGGGAGUUGCGGCUGCGGGCUUCUUUCAUAGGAGGGUUUUAGCUACGCAAAGAGCGCUGCAAGAUGCCACAACGCAAGCGCAGAAGGGUGUGCAGAGGGAUGGGCAGCAGGAGGUCCGUGGCUUGGGAGAUUUGCUGCGCAGGGCGAACCACCUGGCAAUUAUCGUAGAGGAUGUGGGCCGCUCGCUGGCGUGGUACUCGGACAUCAUUGGCUUCCAGCAGGUGUGGCGCCCCAACUUUGAUCGCCACGGGGCGUGGCUUAGCAUGGGCAACAUCGAGCUGCACCUCAUCAAGGGCAAGCCUCACACCAAGCGCGGCCAGCAUCCAGACGACCUCAUCGUGUGCCACCUGGCCCUGGAAGUCACGGAUGCCUCUGCUGUGCUCCGGCGCUUGGAGCAGAUGCAGCAGGAGGUGAAGUUCGAGGAGGUGUGGUGGCGCCAGAAUGUGUCGGUGCCCACCUUUGAGACUUCGCGCACGGCAAAGUUCGAGUCCCACACGGACGGUGAGGGCAAGGUGACCCAAUUCUUCCUUGAGGAUCCGGAUGGCUAUUGGAUCGAGAUCUGCAACUGCUCUGUGUUGGACGCCGCUGUCGGCUACCCUGCUGGCGCCAAAGUGGGGGGCAUGGUGCGUGCUGCAUUGAUGCGUUGGGUCCAGAGAGCCAGGCAGCACUGCCGUGAGCCUUUUCGAUUCCCGCAUCCGGCCACGGCCAUUGCCUUGCACCAGGUGGACGGUCAGAAGUUGCAGAACUUGGCCUGCCGCCGCGCCACCUACGGGGACAUCUGCCAGGGCUUUGGUGUGGAGCAGCUGCGGCACGCGCUGGCGCACGCGGGGAACGAGGUUCCUACGGCCGUCAGGUUGCUCCAACAGGUGCGGGCGCGGGAGGGCAGCUGGGUCUUGCUACCCCCGAAGUUCCUGGACAAUUCCAAGCAGCUGCAUCUGACGCAGCCCAUCUACAUGGAGCACAGGCCCAUUUUGCUGGGCAACACUGGCAACACUGGCAACUCUGCGAAUAGACAGAAUUCACCGCCCAACCGCCCAACCAGUGUUUAACACCGAAACGGAUUCCAGUAUUCCAAUAUUCCAGUUUGUUUGCAUGCCCGCCGAUCAUGUGGGAUUUCAUUGUUGCAAGGCAGAGCAAGUGAUUAGUGCCUACAGCAUCUCUAAUCACUUUGCCUUUGCCGCGUUUUUGUUCUCAUGUUCGAGGUGCACUCCGUAUCUCGCCAAAAGUGCAUGACAAUUGGGUGUCUCAGGCGUCUGUGCAACAAUUGCCAGUCCCCUGUUAUCACCUCACCUUUGCUGUGAUGGUCAAGGGUGCAUUGAUUUGAAUCCCGUGACGGGAUAGAGCUUGCAGAGAGUGGGGAGAGUUGCCUAGAGGCGGGAUGUUAUUUGAACCAUCUGCAACUUUUCUUGUUGUUGCUGAGUAGGGAAUGAGGGAAUGAC